CAGAGUGAGGACAAUGUUUUCUUCCACAAUGUGAAUGGAGGCUGGUGGAAAGGAUGUUUGAAAUUGUCACAGAUCUAUCCCUUUAUUUGAAUAUGCAUAAAGAAAAGUCCAGAUCAUGAUGAGAGCUUACCAUUUGACAUGGAAUUCAGCAAUGAAGAGACGAUCUUCACCGCUGAAGAGGAGCAAGGAUGAUAGAGCAACUCCAGAUGAAGAAUACAACCAGAGUCAGCUCACAGGCACUUAGAAUCAUUUUUAUAAUGCCUGGGAGUAACUCUUCUGAAUCAUCUCUCACAUCUUCUAGCCAUGGGUCUUCAAAUCUUUCUGAGAAGCGCCAGGCAGAUGAGAGUGAGGUAUUUACCAGAAUGUCCUACUUGGCAAUUGAGACCAACCCCGAUGCUUCAUCAUCCAGCAGAUCUUUGCCACGCCAAAAGAGUGUUCUAAGAACAAUAUUUAACAUCCCAUUCCUUCUGAUAAUGGCCUUUCUCUCCCUCCCAAGAGCUCUCAUAAAGGCUUGUAUCUCCACAAAAGACCUAAUCACCUUGCAGAAUGGCAAAAAAAUCUUCAAGAUUCUGUUAUUUCUGGUUCCAAUAAUUUAUGCAGGUGUUUACUGUGUUGGCUCACUAUCAUCCAAGAGAUUGACAGAGGGACUGGCAUCACCGGAAAUGACAGAUCUACAUGAGACAGAGCUGAAUUCACUGUGGCAGUCACACACUUUAUUGGAAGAAAAAGUCCAUGAAAUCGAGCUUCUUAAAGAGCAGAUGGAUCAUCUGCGUGCAGAGAUCAAUGGUGUGAUGGAGGGCAUCCUGCAUUCUGUUCAAGAAAUCCUAGAGGAGAGUGACAUCCCAGGAGAGAACAGAGAUCAAGUGCUUGAGAUGAUAAAUGUAGCAUUUAAGAAAGUUUAUGAGGACCGUGUCCAGAUGCCUGAUUGGGCUCAGAAAUCCAUAGGUGCCACCAUUGAUACAGACAGAACAUCUAAAAGUUAUGAACUUGGGAAAACAGAGGGGUGUUGUUUUAGUUCAUGGUUCUUUUCUUCUGCAAAUCCUCCAGAUAUUAUUUUGCAGCCAGAUGUUCACCCCGGAAACUGCUGGGCUUUCCAAGGAUCUCAGGGUCAGGUAGUAAUUAGGCUGCCUGAAAAAAUUUACCCAACCGCUGUUACAAUUCAGCAUAUCUCCAAGGCAAUCUCUCCUUCAGGAGAUGUAACUAGUGCCCCCAAGGAUUUUGCUGUAUGUGGACUGAAUGAGGAAACAGGGAAAGAAACUCUGCUGGGAACUUUUAUCUAUGACUCAGGAAAAGAGAGUAUUCAAACUUUCCAACUGGAGGGUGAGCUUUCCAAAUCUUUUGUUUACAUUAAAUUCAAUGUGCUGAGUAACUGGGGCAAUGCAGAGUACACUUGUGUUUAUCGAGUCAGGGUACAUGGGAAGAGGACAAACAGCAGCUGAGGCCCUUAGUGCGAAGACACGCAGCGAGAACACAAUAAAGACACCUAAAAAUGACAGAUUUUUGUCAACUAGUGACUCUCCUAUGCUCUGUUAAAGAAAUAAACAAGAUUUAACUUGGAUGUGUGCCAAGUCAUGA